AUGAAUACUAAGCAAAAUCUAAAAGACCUUCUCACCACGUAUGUCAAUGCUGAUGGAAUUCCUGAAAUUAUUGCAGGUGAAGAAGAAUGGGAAGAAUUUGAAGAAAUUGGGGAAGAUGGGCCAGAUCCUGUCAAAGCUGAUAAUUGUGCUGAACUCUUGCAUUCUUGGUUCAAGAUCCGUACUGAGAUACUUCCUUCAUCGCUCGCAGAUCUGUUUGGAAUUAUAGCAUCAAACAUUUGCUAUGGUGAUUUUCUUGCGGUUGUAUUGGAUGGCAAGUAUUAUGCCAUUAGUGACUAUGUCACUACGGUGUUUCGUUGGGGAAUAUAUGAGCUGAAACAAGACGGUAGCCUCCAAACUACCAAAUUGUUGCCAAUUGAUUUACAUAAUGACUAUGUACCUGGGAUCGCAGAUGAGAUCCUGAAAUGCAAAAUCCAAAUAAAUUAA